GAGCAUCAUUAGACGGAAGUGAUACAACAUGGCGGCCUCCAGACGAUAGGAGGCAGUUGAGUUUGCACUUUUUAGAUUUUAUUUUUUAAUCUCCCGACGAAUGUUUCUCCAUGACCCUUGACAUGCUGAAGGAAACAAAAUAACGUUACUAUUUCACGUGAUCAUACAGUUGGACCACAAGUUACAGACAAAAAUGGGAUCCUUAAAAGAAAAUAUGGAUGUGGCUUGCUACUUCAUUACCAAGCAUUCAUGGAAAGGAAAAUAUAAAAGAAUAUUUUCUGUUGGGACACAUGGUAUUACAACAUACAAUCCUAACAACAUGGAAAUCACCAACCAGUGGCCCUACAGUGAGUUUGUCAGCAUAGUUCCCAAUGUGAAGGCCCCAGCUAAUAAUGAGUUCAUCAUCACCAUGAAAAAGGGUAUUAAAAAAACAGACUCCAUGAAAUUUUCCACAGAUCAUCGUGCUGACCUUCUCACAGAAGCUCUAAAAUUUCGCAACUACUUUGCGGAAGCCAACCGUUCAGUGCGACGGUUCAACGCUUACAAGUAUCACUGGUCUGAGAAGCGUGUGCCAGUGAUACUGGAGGUCAGUCAGGGGUCUCUAGACCAGAUUGAUGCCACCACAAGUCGGGUCUUGUGUUCUUAUGACUACAAGGACAUAGAAGGGAUGAGACAGGUGUCAGAUGUGCCAGGUGGUAUUGCCAUUAUUCAUGGUGGCUUCGGCAGACUGCACCUGUUUGCAUUGGAACAGCGAGAUGAUCUUGUGAAGAGUAUAAUGGAAGCAGGAGCAGAGUAUGUCGGAGUUGCCAUUAGACUAAGAAAAGAACCAAUUACAUAUGAGCAAUUUCAAGCAAACCGCAUGGGCAAGUACAGCACGGAUGAAGCAUUAACAUCCUAUGCAGAGUUCACUGUGCAAAAAAUUUCUGUGAGGCAUCCAGACACCAUGCGUCGCACACUUUGCCUCACUGAAACAUGCCUGGUGGAACGAGAUCCGGCCACUUAUAACACAGUCACAGCAAGACCUCUAUCUGAUGUAUUUGCAAUUAACAGAGAUCCUGAGAAUCCUCAGAAGUUCACAGUGGAAUAUGUUAAAGGUGCCAUUCGCACCUACUUGUCUACAGACAGGGAUUCCUUAAUUGCAUCAAUCCUGGAUGGUGUGAGGGCCUCAGGCAAUAGGGAUGUUUGUGUCAAGAUGAGUUCGACAUACAGAGGGUAUCGACUUGGUCCAUUCACAGUGCCUGUAGAUGAGGAGGUGGAGACACAGCACAUGAAAUUCAUCCAGGCACCACCACCUGGAAUGAGUUUUGAGGAAGCUGUAAACAGAUUCAAUGCCAACAUUUCAUAUAGUGGUCUGCUUCAUGCUGUUACUGCUGAUGGACUCUUUGCACAGAAUAAAGAAAAACUGAUUAACUCUACCUUGGCAGCACUCAUUGAACAAGAAGGAGACCAGAUUUCCAUUUCCAACAUAGCACUAGAGUCACAGUUUCAUGCAUUGCGCAGACUUGUUGCAUCCAAAGCAGGCUUUCAGGCAUUCACCGACUUGUCCAAAAUGCGAGAAAAAGUGGGAAUUAAGGUUGUGAAAGCACUCAAACGGAAUGACGUAGGUGUAUCGCAUGCUGCCAUCGACAUGCUGUGUGCACUCAUGCAGCCAAUGCAUGAUAACUACGACUUACGUCAAGAGCAGUUAAACAAGACAUCACUGUUGUCUUCCCGAAAGUUUCUGGAGACACUCCUGGAAAUGUUCAACCACCAUGUGGUUCAUGAGUCUGGGGCGCUAGUCAUUUCUGCCAUGCUGGAUUUCCUGACCUUUGCCCUGUGUGCACCAUACAGUGAGACAACGGAUGGCACUCAGUUUGAUAUGCUGCUGGAGAUGGCAGCAGCCAACGGACGCAUUAUUUUCAAACUUUUUCAGCAUCCAUCUAUGGCAAUCAUCAAAGGAGCAGGCAUGGUGAUGAAAGCAAUCAUUGAGGAAGGAGAUGCUGAAAUUGCAGCCAAGAUGCAGGAUCUGGCUCUUGCAGAAGGAGCACUGCCACGGCACCUGCACACUGCCAUGUUCACACAAAGCACUGACAGUCGCAUGCUGACCAACAGACAGCUGAGUCGUCAUCUUGUGGGUCUGUGGGUUACAGGACAUCCCACAGCCAUGGGUCUUCUCAAACGAAUCUUGCCAAGUGGCCUGUUGGCAUAUCUGGACUCUACAGACCAGGUUCCAUUGCACGAGUCAGACAGGCUGCAUGUGCGAGACAAUGUACAGAUUGCUCAGGAACACUUUAAGAAAAACAAAAAGAAUCUGCAGCUGGUGAUAAUUGAGAAAAAGAUUGAUGAUAUUCUGCAGCACUGGAGAGCACGCAUUGGUUUAGAGAAGAAACAGACGCAAAAUGACAAACCUGUAGUGCUACGCAAACGGCGGCAGCGAAUCAAAAGUGAAGCUAACUGGCCUUUGUUCUACUACCAUUUCAACCAUGACCAUGCAAAACCCAAUCUUUUGUGGAAUUACAAAACACGCGAAGAACUGAGAGAGGCAUUUGAAAAUGAAAUGCGUGCCUUCAGUGUUGAUCGAGAACUUGGAUCCAACUGUAUUAUUGCAUGGAAUCACCAAGAGUUUGAAGUGCCCUACCAUUGUCUUUCUGAAGAAAUUAAGAUUGGUGAUUACUACUUGCGCCUUUUGCUGGAAGAAGAUGAAGAAUCAGAGGAAACCAGUGCCAUCAAGAAGUCGUAUGAAUUUUUCAAUGAUCUGUACCAUCGAUUCCUGCUGACACCUAAGGUGCCUAUGAAAUGCAUGUGUCUUCAAGCUAUGACUGUGGUGUAUGGGCGUUGUCAUGAAGAGAUCGGAGCCUUCAAUGACACUCGCUACAUUGUUGGUAUGCUGGAAAGGUGCACAGACAGAUUAGAGCGUGAUCGACUAGUUGGCUUUCUCAACAAGUUAAUUCUUCAUCAACGAAAUGUUAAAGAAAUGAUGGACUCCUAUGGAAUUAAAGUACUAGUUGACCUCCUGACCCUAGCUCAUUUACAUACAUCAAGAGCCACAGUCCCAUUACAGAGCAAUGUUAUUGAGGCAUCUCCAGACAUGCGUCGUGAAAGUGAGAAGGAGUGGUACUUUGGAAAUGCAGAGAAGGAACGUCUAGGACCAUACAACUUUGAUGAGAUGCGCGAGUUCUGGGACCAAGGUGUUAUCAAUGGAAAGACACGCUGCUGGGCUCAAGGGAUGGAUGGUUGGCGUCCCUUGCAUACGGUACCUCAGCUGAAGUGGACACUGAUGGCCACAGGGCAAGCAGCAAUGAAUGAAAGCGACCUUGCCACACUCAUCCUGAAUAUGUUGAUAAAGAUGGCUGAGUACUACCCCAGCAGAGAUACUGAUGGUGCCAUUGUCCGUCCACUGCCACGCAUAAAGCGUGUCUUAUCAGAUGCCACUUGUUUACCACACAUUGUACAGUUGUUGUUAACCUUUGACCCUGUUCUGGUGGAGAAGGUUGCAACCUUGCUGUAUUUGAUCAUGCAAGACAACCCAGGCAUAUCAAAGCUCUACCUUUCUGGAGCCUUCUUCUUCAUCAUGAUGUAUACUGGCUCCAAUGUCCUGCCUGUUGCUCGCUUCCUGAAGUAUACACAUCUCAAGCAAGCCUUCCGCUCUGAUGAGAACAAGUCUUCAGACAUCAUGAUCCGUAGUGUGUUGGGUCAUAUUCUUCCUGAAGCUAUGGUGUGUUAUCUGGAGAAUUACUCAGCAGAGAAAUUUGCAGAAAUAUUCCUGGGAGAGUUUGAUACACCAGAGGCCAUCUGGAACUCUGAAAUGAGGCGCAUGAUGAUUGAGAAGAUUGCUUCACAUCUUGCGGACUUCUCACCCAGAUUACAAAGCAACACACGGGCCCUCUACCAGUACUGUCCCAUCCCCAUCGUCAACUAUCCACAGCUGGAGAAUGAGCUGUUCUGUAAUAUAUACUACCUCAAACACCUAUGUGAUACCACCCGGUUUCCAGACUGGCCAGUCAGGGAUCCUGUGCGUUUACUAAAGGAUAUUCUCGAAGCAUGGAAGAAGGAAGUGGAGAAAAAACCACCCACCAUGUCAGUUGAAGAAGCCUAUGCAGUUCUAAACAUGUCUAUAAGUGCUGGCGGGUAUGAUGAGUCCAAGAUUCGAAAAGCCUACUUUAAGCUUGCUCAGAAAUACCAUCCUGACAAAAAUCCUGAAGGACGGGAAAUGUUUGAGCAAGUCAACAAGGCAUACGAGUUCCUCUGCAGCAAAUCAAAGGUCAAAGAUGGUCCAGAUCCUCACAACAUUGUGUUGAUCCUUCGUGCUCAGUCUAUUCUUUUCUCCAGAUAUCAGACAGAGCUAGAGCCUUAUAAGUAUGCUGGAUAUCCAAUGCUGAUAAAGACAAUCCGCAUGGAAACUAAUGAUGAGCAGCUCUUUUCCAAGUCUGCACCACUGCUGUCAGCAGCUGCCGAGCUGGCCUACCAUACAGUCAGGUGCUCCGCUCUUAAUGCAGAAGAGCUCCGUCGAGAAAAUGGCAUUCAGGUACUCCAUGAUGCCUUUACCAGAUGUGUCAGUGUACUCAGUCAGUCCAGCAAACCAGAUGAUCUGGCUGUACAGGUGUGCAUAAAUGUAGCACAGUGCUACACAGUGGCUGCACAGUUUGAGGGUUGUCGGGAGAAGAUCCAAGAGUGCUCAGCCAUCAUUCGUGAUCUUUGUCGAAUUCUCUAUUUCAAGCAUCUAGCCCAGUUAUGUACUGUGGUGACAGACUGUGUCAGUGCCUUCUGUAUAGACUUCUGGCUGCAAACCAAUCUCUUCCAGUCAGGAGUGUUGUGGCACCUGCUGCCCAAUCUCUUCCAGUAUGACUUCACAUUGGAUGAAGGUGGUGUGGAGAGGAGUCAUGAAACAAACCAGCAGGAGAAAGCCAAUCUGCUGGCUAAACAAAGUGUAAUAGCCUGUGCUCGACUUGGUGGUUAUCAUGACAACCAGGAAAAUGCUCCACCAGACAACCCCACAAUUAAGAAAUCACUGAUGUCUUUAUUGACACCUUACCUUGCUCGUAAGCUGGCCAAUCCCAACACUUCUGAGCUAUUGAAGAUUCUCAACAGUAACACUGAAAAUCCCUACCUGAUCUGGGACAAUGCCACACGAGCACAACUAGUUGAGUAUCUGGAAGACAACCAAACACGCAUGAUCCGAAAUGGUGAAUGUGACCAGACCUUUGGGGCAACUUUUGAAUUUGAGGCUCAUGCCAAAGAAUUGAUUGUGGGUGAGAUCUUUGUACGUGUCUACAAUGAGCAGCCUACGUUUCCUCUGGAGAAUGCCAAAGGCUUUACUAUUGAUCUUCUAGACUUUCUUGGUUCCCAAGCCCAGUACCUUCAUUCCCUGAUGAUGCUGCAGCAGCAGUCCCAGCCCACAGCCAAUAUGGAUCAGUCACAGCGACUUGCAAGGAUUGAAAUGGCCUUGGAAGGGCUGCGCAAUGUCAUCAGAAACAAUCCAGGUGUAGAGAUUCAGUGUAUCGGCCAUUUUAAACUGCUGUUUUCUCUGCUGAGACUUGAGAACUGUGCAAACAUGCAGCAGUUCACUUUAGAGGUCCUGAACUGUGUCACAACCAACCAGGAAUGUGUGAAGGACAUAGGUGCCGCAGAGGUUCUGGGGUACCUCCUGUUUGCUCUUCAGAGCUUACAACAGUGUCAGCUGCUGGCACUAGAAACACUCUUUGCACUCAUGUCCAACACCAAGAUUGUUAAAGAGUCCUUGGUCAAAGGAGGCCUAAUAUACUUGUUAGACUUGUUCUGCAAUUCUUCCAACCCUAAUGUGCGUGAGAAAACUGCUGAGCUGCUGGGAAAGAUGCAGUCUGAUAAACUGGUUGGUCCCAAGGUGCGAAUCCUGCUGACAAAGUUUCUUCCAGGCAUCUUCAUGGAUGCUAUGCGGGACUCGCCUGAAGCCAGCGUGCACAUGUUUGAAGGCACUCAUGAGAACCCAGAGCUGAUCUGGAAUGAUGAUGCCAGAGAAAAAGUCUGUGGUACUGUUAAAAAGCACAUGAAAAGCCACCUCCACAAGCAGAGAGAGAACACGGAUGCCAAGUGGUCGAUACCAGAAGAUUUUGAGGUGAUUUACUCUGACGCACAAGGAGAGCUGGUGGUUGGGGGUGUGUUUCUACGCCUGUUUGUCAAAAACCCAGCAUGGGUACUACGGCGUCCUAGGGAAUUCUUAACAGAACUUCUGGAGAAGUGGUCGCAGCUGGUCAGCAUGACAAAUCCAGAUGGGGAGACACUGGAGACAGUAACAACUGCUGUCAUCUGCCUGUGUGUUUCUCAGCCAUCACUGCUGGAUCACUUACCUCAGCUAGGCUACAUCAACAAAAUCUUUAGCGUCAUGAGUGUCGACAACAAUGCCAUCCCCAAAGCUGCCAUACAGAUAGCUCACCAGCUGUCAUCUAAUGAGCUAUGUGUGCGGAGUAUGGGGACAUUUGACUGCAUUGGACCCCUCAAAUCAGGAAUGAAGUCUCGGAGGGAUAUGAUAUCCCUAGUUGCUGAAACUCUUGCAAGGAUGUUUGAGAAGGGGGAAGAGGACCUUGUUGGUCAGGCCUUGAAGUCAGAUUUGCUGCCUUUCCUUCUUCGUCUCUUGGAAGGGGGUUUGGAGGCUGUGGAAAAUCCUGCCUCCACCAAAGCUCAGAUAGUGAAAGCCCUGAAGGCUAUGCAGCGCAGUUUACAGUACGGUGAACAGAUAACUCAAAUCUUGGACAAGUCGCCUGUGUGGAAGGAGUUCCGUGACCAACGUCAUGACCUGUUCAUCACAGACUCCACCAUUGCUGGCUACCUGACAGGAGGCCCGAACAUCGCUGGCUAUCUCACCUCAGGAAACAUGCGUCCUAACCUGCCUGAUGCCCCGCCCCCGCUGGAAGCUGAUGCACAUCAUGAGUGAGGCAUCUGUCAGUCAAUGCACUGGAGAGAUUCUGAGGCAAGGCUGUGCCUAUGAAAACCAAGUAAAUGACUGGUUAACAUUCACCAGAGCCAGAAACCCGUAGCUGCUACAGUGUUGGUUGCCAUGGCAUCAGUGGCAGGCAAAUAUCAAAGGUGGCAUUCUGUGGAGCAGAUGUCGAACAUUUUUGGUGAGAGAGGACGAAACACCAAAGGCUUGGCCUGCUGUGUAACUCUGUAACAAGACGCAUUGUGAUCUUGUUCCUGUGAGUACACUCGGACACUCCAAAUGCUGUUUACUGUUGGUCUUUGCUGAAAGUUGAUAUGCCAAAAGACUUUUGAGAGGAGGGUGAUUGACAGAUACAGAAUGCUGUAUUCCCAAGUGCUGUGUUAAUUUUUCCAUUUGUAGAUAUAACUUGUUGUGGAUGGUUAUGACUGUUUCAUCAUCUUGUUAUCAAAAAAUAAAAUGAAUUCAGCGAAAGGAGAGCCUCCAGCACAAUUGUCAUUUGAAUACUGGAGACUACACUGCAGAGGAUCCCAUCUGCAUGAGUAGCUGUGUGCUGUGCUGACCUUAUGUACAAAAAGUACAGCCAAGUUGAGAUUCCUGUCACUAAGAAUUGGGGUAUCUUCAAAUGCUUUAAAAACUGAACAUUAUUUCACGUCUUGCUUGGAGACAAUAGAACUGAUGACUUGUGACUCAUGCAACAGGUCAAAAUCUGUUAUUAGCUCAACAAUUCACCAUAACAGGUCAAGGUCUGCCAUUAGUUAUUCCUAAAAUCGUUGUGGUUUAAGUCUACUACUAGGUAUUACAUGUGAAAGUGCUAUGUAUAUUAUUACCUACAUAGAAGUUUCAAGUACACAGGAUGCAAGUGACUGCUUCUGAACCACUUUUAAUAAUAAUAAUAGGAUUUAUACAGCGCAUUUCUCCACAUGGAGAUAAGCUCAAUAUACUUUACAAGAUGAUUUUUCAUCAGCCUUCACCUCUUUAACUAGUAAUGGUGACUUCCAGGUUCAGUCACCAUGUGUGGUGCAUGGAAAUUUAUGUGAUUAUAAUAAAUAAUCAAAUGCAUUUUCAUGCACCAUGAAAUAUACACUUUCUGGGUACAACUAGCUGUCACCUUGCCUAUUUGUGUUUGAAUGUAUGAAAUUUUUUUUUUAUUUUUCGUCAGGUUUGCACUAAUCUGAUAAAUAAUGUUGGAACAGAAUGUUUUAUUACAGCAUAUGAAUAGUCCUGUAAAUUUAAAAUUGCAGCACAAAGGCUAUCAAAGCAGAAUCCUCCCAGUGUCGAUUUCCUACAGGCCAUAGCAGCACAGUAACAGCGAAUUCAUCUUAAUUUAAUUUGUUGAAUACUUUGCUUAUGUUUACUAAGUGUGUGUCCUUUUAUUUUCCGUUUUGCUCAGUUCAUACAGACAGUUCUCUUAAAUGAUAUGUAGGUGUUGAAACAAGAUUUGACUUGGUUGAGAAGAAUGGCUUGGGUUGGAGUUGCAGAGGAAUCACCAGCUACAGAACAUUAAGUGAAUAUUAUCCAUUCACCAGAGCUGUUAUAUAACACCUGGGACACAAGUUUCCUAUUCUGCUAGAUUUUUAUUACAGCUGUGAUUGCGGCAACAAUGCCUUUCAGUUCACAAGAAAUCAGUUUGAUAUCUGUUCAUAUAUAUUGAAUAAGUUUGUUUACAUGUGCAUCUGUGCAAAAGCAGUAGCUGUGUUAGAACAGAAUUUUUUGGGGCAGCAGUCUAGCUAUUUCAUUGCACAAUGUGAUGGACAGUACUGAAGCUGGAGGAGCAUGCUAGAACUACUCAGUUGGAAGCAUAGGGAAACUGCUAUCUGUCUCUUAAUAGCAGAUGUCUUCAGGUAUCAAUGUCUCAAUCCUUUGAUUGUGUGACUAACAGUUUUGCAAAUCAUUUGUGUUUUUGAGUGGCUGCAAGUAGGUGUGUGCCAUUCCACUUUGUACAGCAAAAACAGUUUAGCAUAUCUGAAAAUGCAACCAACAUACAACUUAUUUUGGGUAGCAAAAUUCUUUAUCAUGUCCCAUUCAUCUUGACCAAAAAGCAACCAUCAUGAAAAUUGCAUCAGUAUAAAACAUAUUAUUAGAGAAGAUCUCAAAACAUUUGUUUUUCUCAUAGGGAUCUUUAGUUAUAAAUGUCAAAGUGCUGUUUUGGUUCCAUUUAGUAAUACAAGUUUUGAAAAGGGGCUUUAAGAAUGAAGAGUUAGGGGGAUGCAUCUGUGAACAGAACCUUGUCUUGCUCAGCCCUUUAGUCAAAGCUGUUAUGUGUCUAGAGGCUUAGUACAGUGCAUUAUUUCAGGUGUGCACAGCUCCUAUGCUUAGCCUCCUUCCCCUACAUCUGCCAGUUUCUUGUGAGUGAGCUCCACUUCUGUUAUUGCCAUCCUUUGUAUAUACAGUAUCUUGCUAUUACAAUGAUAUUUUUGGGUGUAAUAAUUUGGUCCACCAUACAGUGCAAAUAUGUAACACGCAAUUAUUGUAGCAACACGCAAUAAGUUUUCUUCAAAGUUAUCAAGUUUUUUUUUAUUGGUUUCUUUGAAGGUGACAUACCUAUUAAAGAUGAUUUGUUUUUAAAGGAUCAUGGAUUGAGUGAAUGUAUGUAUUCACAUGUGAAGCACAUAUCCUUUUUUUAUGCAUGAUUAUAUAGCACGACUUUUUGUUACAAAUGUACUUAAAAUAGUUAUGAUUACAAGGUUUUCUGAAAAGUAGUACAAGUUAAUCAGUGGGUAUGUUAACUCAAUUUGUUUACUAUUCACCUCUUUAUGAAGAGCUUAUUUCUAGGAAUAUUCCAGAUUAUGCUUGUUAUGUGCAUGGACAUCCCUGAACUUUGAUCCUAGUCAGUUUUUGUUUUGCCUUGUAUUUUAAUUGAUUGCUGAAAUCCAUUGUUCCAUGGAAAGGAACGAGGCAUCAUUUUAAUGAAUGAAUGUGACCGAGUACAAUGGCUGGAUUGUGCAAAUAUUGGUGUCAUCUUUCCUAGUGCAAAAAUGCCAAAUGUUAGUAAAAUGGUCCUUUGGCAAGAUUUAUAUACAGAAAAAAGCAAUUAUGAAUGGUAGUUUUUAUGUAUUGGAACAGCAAUUAUGAAAGAUUGUGCACUCCACUCCUCCAGGAGCAAAUUUAAAGUUCAGCUGAAGUCUGAAAAUAUUAUGGUGGGUCUUGAAGGUAAAGAGUGAUGGCCACCAUCAGAAAUAUGCCACAGGAGUUUGUAGCAUCAUCAAAGACCACUAGCAGGAUCUAUUAUUCUUAACUUGAGACUACUGUUUGGACUGCUGGGUAAUAGACAAGUGGACUUUUACACACUUUAAUGCAGUACCACACUCUAAAGCAUAUUAAUCCACAAAUACAGCAUGCAUUGCAUUGUCCACUAACACUAUUUUUUUUAAAGUGUUGUUAGUAUCCAAAUUGUGUGAAAUAAGUCAGAAGAUGGCAUGGUAAGGUCCCCAUGUGCUCAUUCUGCAUGUGAUUAAUUCUUCAGGAAACUGUCAUCUGUUGUUUUCCAGUUCUUACAUCUGAUAUAUAGAAUUAACCUUUUAAGAUGCUUCUUUAUUUUCUGUUUUACUGAGAUUGGGAGGUUGCAUAUUUGUAGGUCUACAUGUGUAAGUGUAUAAUUUGUACCUGGUCCUUCUUGAGGUACCAUUUACUCUCUGUAUGCAAUUUUUAAAAGAACAAAGGACCAUAAUUUUGUGGUAUGUUGAAACAAGAAACCAUGAAAUGUGUGUGUGAAGAAUAGAAGGCAAGCAUGAAAAAAAGGCCUCGGAGAAACAAAGCACAUGGCAGUGCUACCCAGCUACAUGGGAAACUUUUUUUUUUUUUUUUAAGUUGAACCACAGUUUUGAAAUAGCUCUACUUGAUCUGGCUUCAUGCCCUUUUCAUUGGCAGUCUUCAUGUUUCUGUACGUUCAUUUUGUCAUCAGUCUGUAUAAGCUCUCUAAUAUCAUUGUUAUUGAUUGGUGAACAGAAGCCUGCAUUGUAACUCUCUAAAUAAAUGGUACUCAGCAUUUCAUUUGCGCACAAACUGAAACACAUUAUUUGGCUACAGUUCGCCCUUCUGACCACACCCUGUGGCUGAAUAUUGUUACUGUCUGCUUACAGGAUAAUUAAAACAAAGUUUUCACACAACAAUAAAGCAAUGUAGAGUGGCAAUAUUUUAACUUCUUACAAAGUUUAUUUUUACUUGCAUGACUAAAUACACAUUAAUCCAGUAACGGGAAGGUUUGAUACAGUUCUGUUCUGUAGUGACAGCAACAGCACAUUAAUAUUCAGCUGUACAUUAAGCUAAGACCCCUGGAAACUACACCAGUCAUUAACCCAUUUAUGCCAGAGGUUGACAUUUUUGAAUUUAUGCAUGAAAUUCAUGUAUGUGGCCUACAGAGAUAUUCAAUGAACAAGAAUUUGAAGUUUAAAAAAAAAUCUGUUCCAAUAACAGAACAUGAGACAUAAUGGAUUAAUGAGAUGCACUGAAAAAUCACUAGCACUUUACUAACGAUGCCUUUAAUAUAUUAUCAGUUAAGUGUGACUAAAACUUACACUUGUUUCCUUUCUUUAAAAAUAAGUGUUUACUGAAACUAAACACCGACUGCUCAGUGUUCAUUUCCAUAGGCCGUCGGAUGUACACCACAGUAUUUCAUCCUCCAUCUGUUUCAUGUUCUUAUGUACUAUGUAUUCAUUUACUUCUGCAACUACUGUUUUUUUUUAAAUAUAAAUUAUAUUUUUGCACACUGAUGCCCAAAGGAUGCCAGUUUCAGAAAAGACUGACCAGUUGAGAUGUUUUGUUUUUUAAAUUACAGAAAAUCCCAAUACCAGGAAAAUGUCUUUGUUGAAGAAUUAAGCUGUCUGAAAAUGUUUACAAUAAAAUUCUGUGCCAAGUUAAAAUCACUGAUUAAAUACUUGCAUCAUUGAAA